AUGUCGAUGCUGGGCAGCAUCACGCAGCUUACCGGCGCCAACGUCGAAGCGCAAAGGUGGCUGUGGAGAGCACUGGACAUCCUCGAAUCGGAUGCAGAGGAAGCGCUUGAGCUGGCCAGGAAAGCAACAACUGCCUUCGAUGCGGCUGGGGAGUCUGACAAUGCUGCGGACGCAUCGCGCUUGGUGGUCAGUGCCACCUUCAGCAGCGGUGAUAUCGAGGGCGCCAUCGGCCUCGCCAGCGAACAGCUGGAGGCAUCGCAGCAGGGAGACGCGCUCAUGCAGGCCUACGCUCACUUGAUGUGGGCCGAGCUGAUGCUGGCACUUGGCAAGUCAAGCGAGCUGAAGGAGCACGCGUCGACCGCGAGCCAGACCUUCGAAGAGCUUGGAAGGAGCAGCUGCCUGGCAAAAUGUGAAGCGGCUCUGACACAAGCAUGCAUCCAGGAGGGGGAUGGUCUUGAAGGUGAGCGGCUUGCUCAGCAGGCGCUAGCACGCUGGAAGGACUUGGGAGACAAGAGGGGCGUGGCAGUUGCCUGGCACCUGCUCUCCGCUGCCAGGUCCGUCAGUGGCCAAGGAAGCCUCAUGGAGCCGCUGCUCAAGUCCUUGGAUCUCUAUCGAGAGCUGCGGUGGAGACGGCUCGAGGCCACGGCACUCUACAACCUUGCGGAGCGGCAGCGCUAUGAGCCCAACGGAGGCUUAACGGCGCAGCGGACUGCGGAGGAGGCCGUCACGAUUUGGAGAUCACUCGGCAACUACAAGGGCGAGGCCACGGCGCUCACGGCUGUGGUGAAGGCUAUGGUUGUCCGGGGCCUGCAUGCCGAUGCCCUCCAGUUGAUCCAAGAUCGCGUUGAGGAGCUGCGGGGUCCGGAAAAAAAGUCUGCAUUGGUCCAUCUUGGCUCGGGCGGUGUCGCCGCAUUGCAGGAAUGCAAUGCGAAUGAAGAGGCACUAGCACUGGCCACAGAAGUGCUGGCCAUCACGCAGGAAAUCGGAAACAGGCACGAAGAAGCGUGGAUGCUGAAAAAGCUGUCCGAGGUGCGGAGCGGCAUGAAGCAGUACUCCGAAGCCCUGGUCUGUGCACAGGAGGCACAGACGAUUUUCCAGGAGCUUGGGGACCAGAGUGGUGAGGAGGAAGCGAUGAAGAGUCUCUCCCAGAUCUAUACAGCCAAGCGAGAAGCGCACAAAGCUCCCUACCGUCAAAGGGCUCUGGAAGUCCUAGGUGAGUUUGCCACAUCUGUCACCAAGAUGGAUGCAGAAGGCUUCGAGAAGGGCCUGACGCAGCUGCGUCUGUACCAGGGGGUGGACGGUCAAGACGUGGCUGCAAGCCUGUGGGGCGCUCUGGAGGACCCCGACGUGUACAAGUGGUACAUCCAAGCUUCUGCCCAGUACUUCCAGGUCUCGGUCGAUGAGGCCGAGUCCAUGGUCGGCAGGGCACCCCUCAAUCCUAUGCAGCAUGCGAUCUCCUUCGACGCGCGGGGCUUCCCUGGCGGAGGUCUUUACCUUGCCUUCCGCUUGGGUGCCAUGGGGUACGGGCCAAGCUUCCGGCCUAUCCAGCAAGCCUACCGGCAGGGUAGGCCGUACGAGGCAGAGCAAGGGGAACCGCCUGUCGCACUGGGCGUCUUGCGGGAUGAGACCGCGGAGGAAUGGGAGCGUGUUGCGCUGAUGCAGGCUCAUGCUGGGAUUCUAGACGGCUCUCUGCAGCUCCGGCGGCAUACAAGUGGGGCUACGUAG